UUGGAGCCUCUUUUGCUUCAUCAUCAGUGUAAUCUCCAAGGCUUUUCUUAGAACCCUAAUAGUCAUCCAAUAGUUGCCUUUUGAGGUCCUCUUAACUUGAGCUUUGAGAAGCCCAGCUGCAUGUAAUACCUCCCUAUCUUUUUCCAUCUAUAAAAAGGAGACCACGUUUAAUUUUGAGCACCAGUUCGGACAAGGCACACACAUGUAUCUGCAGUGGCCGUGAUCUCCUACUCCUACAAACCAAGAUCAUCGAUCAGUGACUUCUUCUUGAUUUCACCUCUCCCUGAUCUUCUUUAUUUGCGUUUCACCAAUCCUCAUCAGCUCACCGACCGAGACCAGCUGCCAUGGAGAGCAUUGGCAAGGCGGCCGAGUUCCUGAGGAAGGCGGUGGGCGCGCUGCGGGGGAAGGCCGCCGUGCUCCGCGCCCGCCUCCUCUUCCUCGCCUCGCUCCGCCGCAGGAUGGCCGUGGUCGCCGGGAUAUCGCGCCACGUCCGCGCGCUCACGCCGCGCCAGGGCCAGGGCCGGGACAAGGCGGCGGCGCAGUGCCGCGGCACGCCCGUCGCGCCGGCGGAGGACGACGCGGACGUCGUCGGCCUCCCCGAGAUGGCUCGCUUGUUCGAACAAGUGGCCAACGAGGACGGCGACGGCGGGUACGCCGAGUGGGCGCUCACGCUGCGCUCGCUGUUCGAUGACGACGAGGACAGCGAGCGCCGUGCUGGCGCGUUGCCCGCCGUGGACGGGCUCGACGACGACGACGGCCAGGAGGAGGAGCCGUCGGUGAUCAACGUCAUCAGGAGCCGCCUGGAGGGCGACGGCCGGGAGUUCAGGAUCGAGGACGAGAUCGACCGCGCCGCCGACAUGUACAUCGCCAGGGUCCGCCGCCGGAUCAUGAACGCGCAGACGGCCGGAGCUUGCUGAAUGAAGCCAGUGGCAUCCAGUAGCAGCUAGUAGAUCGUUAAUUUCACAUGCAUACUACCUGAGAUUUGAGUAUUUGACCAAGCACUCCAGGCUUUCAGUUUGGUCCCUCCUCUUCAGUUGACCUUUGCACUGGAGUAACUAAAUUAGCAAUUUGGCUGAAAGCUGACUGUUGUAUAAAAGGGAUUAUUUUUUAUAGUAAGUUCAUGUAAACCUAUGUGGUUCAAAGCGAGUACAUUUAAUUUAAAA